UUCAAAAACCCUAGAAAUAGAAACCCUAGAGCUCGAAAGGCAAGAAGAGGAGCCAUGGCUGGAUCUCGGCGGAAAUCCAAGAGGUCUCGGCCUAAGGUGCGCGUGGGGCUUCCAAAGAAGAAGCCUGGAGUCUUCAAGCCUAGCUUCUCCGUCCCUGAGAAGCUUCUUGGAAAUGGGGCAUCGCCGGCGGUGUGGGACGAGGAGGGCAGCGUCAUCAGGAACUACAAAGCCUUUGGCGUUGUCGCCAACCCCAACAUUCUCAGCGUCCGAGCUCGCACGCCUCAGAUCGUGCAGGAUCCUUCCCUCCAGGUCCCGAAACCUGGCCCUCCGAUUCCUGUCUCCGAGUUCGACCCCAUUGAUUCCGGCAGCGAUCUUGAAUCAGAUGACUUGAAAUUUGCUCUUGGAAAGAAGCGUAGAGAUGGAAAGUCAGCACCUUUACUGCCAUUGACAAAAGUACAGCGUGUUCAUGUUGCUCGGCUAAUUGACAAGUAUGGUGAUAAUUAUCAGGCAAUGUUCAUGGAUACAAAAUUGAAUGCUAUGCAACAUUCUGUUGCAACUUUGCAGAAGCUUUGUCAGAGGUAUUAUGCCCCAACAUCAAGAAUUUGUAUUAAUACGAAAUAACCCUAAAAUCUUCUACCUUACUGGUUUGAGGUGAAAUUUUUGAUGUUUUCGCUCUGAAGGCUGUAGAAUUGCAUGUGAGUGCUUGGGUAAAGGUUUAUCACUGGUAACUGAAAGCAGGAAUUAAUUCGCAAUAUGACAUUUAGGGCUGAGUUAGGCUAAGUUAUACCAAGUGGUUGGCGUGUUAUGUGUGCCCCCAUAUUUGUAAUUUUGUACCGGACGGUUGCAUUUUGUAUCAGUAUUGGCCCCACCCUUAUUGAAAAUCUUCGUGCUAAUUUUUGGUGGA